AUGGUGUCUUUUUCGUCCUUGAUUAUUUCUUUGUCUGCUGUUGCUGGAGCUUUGGUUCUGCCCAACGAGCUUGCUAAGCGCAGCCCGGGAGAACUUGUCGAACGUCAAGCUAUUACAUCGAGUUCGACUGGUACUAAGGACGGCUUCUAUUAUUCUUAUUGGACAGAUGGCGGUGGAUCAGGCACUUUCACACUUGGGUCUGCCGGCCAAUACACUAUGACCUGGUCCGGUGAAGGCAAUCUUGUGGGAGGUACUGGCUGGAUGCCUGGAGCCGCUCGAGCAAUUUCUUACAGCGGUACUUACAGCCCUAACGGCAACUCAUAUCUCUCCGUAUACGGCUGGACCACUUCGCCGCUUGUUGAGUACUAUAUCGUCGAGUCCUACGGAACCUACAAUCCUUCAUCUGCCGCUACAAAGCUGGGGACGGUGGUCAGUGACGGAGGUACCUAUGAUAUCUUGCAGACGACGAGAACAAAUGAGCCUUCGAUCCAAGGAACUUCUACCUUUCAGCAGUAUUGGUCUGUGAGACAGACACACCGCACGAGUGGAACUGUCACUACGUCAAACCACUUCAAUGCCUGGGCUGCUCUUGGGUUGAAGAUGGGUACUUUCAACUAUCAAAUUGUGGCCACCGAAGGCUACCAUAGCAGUGGCUCUUCUAGCAAAGGAACCGGUUCAAGUGGAAGCGGAGGUGGAACUGGAACAACCACCAUCUCAAGCACUGCUCCAAGCUCGACUCCUUCUUCCCCCUCAGGAGGUGGAAGCGGUACCGUCGCAAAGUGGGGCCAAUGCGGUGGAACUGGAUGGACCGGAGCAACAACAUGUGUUUCGGGCACUACCUGUAAAGCUGCUAAUGCCUACUACUCUCAGUGUUUAUAA